AUGAAGGUGCUACAAGAAAGGUACGGAAAUCCCUUUGUUAUUUCCAAUGCCUUCCGGGACAAACUCGAUGACUGGCCUAAAAUCAGCCCCAAGGACUAUUUAGGCCUUCGGAGAUUCGGAGAUUUUCUUCACCAGUGUUGUACAGCAGCCAGAUACGUCCAUCACUUACAUCAUUUGGAUGAUGAAAGAGAGAACAAAAAAUUGAUGAGCAAACUGCCUGAUUGGCUAAUCACGAGAUGGUGCAGGAAUGUAGUCAAAUGGCGGCAAGACAGAGGAUCCUUUCCUCCCUUUUCUGUCUUCACAGAAUUCAUCUGCGACGAAGCAGAUAUCGCUUGUGAUCCGAUCACUUCUAAUCAGACAUCAUCCUUGAAAGAAAGGAGACAGCAGUCUUCUAAUGUGAGAACAUUAUCGACCAGUGUGCAGGGGCAGCAAGCAAAUGGAGGGAAAGGAAAAUGGAAACCCCUUUGCACCUACUGUAAGGGAGAACAUCAUCUUACUACUUGUAAAUACUUCAUGUCACAGACAUUAGCUCACCGAACCAAGUUUGUUUUCGAUCAUGGUCUAUGCUUUGGAUGUUUAAAGUCCGGUCAUCUAUCUAAGAAUUGUAAGAAGAGGUCAUCAUGUUCAACAUGCAAAAGACGUCACCCCACUGUUCUGCAUGAUGAAAACUGGACAGAAAGACAAGAAUCUAAGAAAGUUGAAAUAAGGAAUGAAGCUGAGGAAACUCAAACCACAAGAUCUCAUGCUUCAACCACGACGGACAAUCACAGAUCUCUAAAGACAUCUACUAUAGUUCCUGUGUGGCUAUCGCAUGAAUCAGUACCUGGGGAGAGGUUAGUGUACGCUAUGCUGGACACUCAGUCAGACACUAGCUUCAUUUUAGAUAAGACUAAGGAAGCAAUGGGCAUUGAAGGAAUUGCAGUCAACUUGCUUCUUUCGACCAUGACGCAGGCCAAUGAGAGAAUUUCGAGUGAAAAGAUCAGUGGACUUAAGGUUCGAGCAUUUGACGGAAGAGAAGAAAUUUGUUUGCCCCCCACUUACACUCGGAAUAUUAUGCCGGCAAAUCGAGAACACAUACCAACGCCAGACAUUGCUAAGGCGCACUCUCAUCUUAAAGACAUAGCCAAACAUUUGAUUCCCCUUCAAGAUUGCGAGAUUGGACUUCUCAUUGGCUAUGAUUGUGCAAGGGCUCUCACUCCGCGAGCUGUGUUAAGCUCCCCUGAUGAUGGUGGACCAUUUGGAUUACAAACUGAUCUUGGAUGGAGUGUUGUCGGUACAAUAGAACCCAACUAUCAUGACAGUGCGCAUGAUCAUAUUGGAAUCAGUCAUCGCGUUAUGGUGCACGUUGUUCCAGAAGAAUUGCAAGUAGAUGGCCAUCCAACCACAGUUACCUUCAGCCAUCAAUCAAGGAUUAAGGAAGAGAUCACUCCCUCGCAAGUCAUACGUCUUUUAGAAGCAGACUUUGCACCAGAGAAAAGACAAAGGCCAUAUUCGAGGAAUGACUUGAGAUUUCUAGAGAUAAUGGAGCGUCAAGUUCAUGUGUCUGAAAGUGGUCAUUAUGAGAUGCCCCUGCCAUUUCGUGAUGAAAAUCCUACUCUUCCAAAUAAUAGGGUCCUUGCCGAGAAAAGACUCAAUCAUCUCAAGACAAAGUUUAAGAAGGAUCCUGUGUAUCAUGAACAAUAUACAAAACAAAUGAAUACCCUCUUCAAUAGCAACUAUGCAAGAGGUCGCAUCAGAAUCAGGAGAAGUUGGUAA